UUUAAGAUCAUACAACUCUAGGACAAGCUUUUAUACCAGAAAAUGCACAGUGAGUACUUCAGAGCUGUAGGUGGCGCUCAAAACUCAUAGAAGACAACAAGCGUCGCCUAUUCAAAACCGUUUUAGGCGUGUGACUCCUGCAGUGCCGUCAUGUCGGGUGUUGGUCCAGCUGUCCGUGUCAGCAUCGAGUCGACAUGCGAGAAGCAGGUUCAGGAGGUGUCUCUGGACGGGAUGGAGACAUAUGUCCCUCCGUUGUCCAUGUCCCAGAACCUGGCCAAGUUAGCCCAGAGGAUCGACUUUGGCCAAGGCUCUGACUCUGAUGAGGAGGGGGUGGAAGCAGAACCCCGGGACCCUCAGGAGUGGGGGAAAACAGAGGCAGAGGAGGAUGAAGGUAUGCUAUUAGAGGCAGAGGAGGAUGAAGCCACGGUGAAGUUCCAGCCAUCCCUGUGGCCCUGGGACUCGGUGCGUAACAACCUUCGCAGCUCCCUGACAGAGAUGUGUGUGCUGUACGAUGUCCUCAGUGUCGUCAAGGAGAAGAAGUACAUGGCCCUGGACCCAGUGUCACAGGACCCCUCGGCCGGGAAGACACCCCAGGUAUUCCAGCUCAUCAGUAAGAAAAAGUCUUUGGCCACAGCUGCUCAGCUGCUUCUGAAAGGGGCAGAGAAACUCAGUAAGUCAGUGGCCGAGAACCAGGAGAACCGAAGACAGAGGGAUUUCAACUCAGAGCUGCUGCGGCUUCGCUCCCAGUGGAAACUACGCAAAGUAGGAGACAAAAUCCUGGGAGAUCUCAGUUACAGGAGCGCAGGAUCGUUGUUUCCUCACCCUGGCACAUUUGAAGUGAUAAAGAACACAGACAUCAACCUGGACAAGAAGCUGCCGGAGGAUUACUGUCCACUGAACGUCCAGAUCCCCAGUGAUCUGGAGGGAUCCGCCUACAUUAAGGUUUCAAUCCAAAAACAGGCCCCUGACAUUGGUGACCUGGGCACGGUGAACCUGUUCAGGAGGCAGCCUAAAGCUAAAGCAGGCACUCAGCCAUGGCAUGUAAAGCUGGAGGCUGCUCAGAACGUGCUGCUCUGUAAGGAGAUCUUUGCCCAGCUGUCCCGGGAGGCAGUUCAGAUCAAGUCCCAGAUCCCCCACAUUGUAGUCAAGAACCAGAUCAUCUCACAACCCUUCCCAGGUCUCCAGCUGUCCAUAUCUUUGUGUCACUCCACUGGAGAGAAGAAGAACCAGAGGGCCUCGCCAGAGAAGCCUAAACCUGACGACCACCUCUACGUUCUAGAACAUAACCUGCACCAGCUCAUGCGAGAGUUCCACAAGCAGACUUUGAGUUCGAUAGUGAUGCCUCACCCGGCCAGUGCCCCCUUUGGCCACAAGAGGCAGCGUAUGGCAGGGCCCAUGGCCUACGACAAAGCAGAGAUCUCAAGUCUGCAGCAGAAUGAGGGCCUACUGGAGAAGAUCAUCAAGCAGGCCAAACACAUCUUCCUGCGCAGUCGGACUGCGCGGACCAUCGACAGCUUGGCCAGCCGUAUAGAAGACCCCCAAAUCCAGGCCCACUGGUCCAACAUUAACGAUGUGUAUGAGUCCAGUGUCAAAGUUCUCAUCACCUCGCAGGGCUACGAGCAGAUCUGCAAGUCUAUCCAACUGCAGCUGAACAUCGGGGUGGAGCAGAUCCGGGUGGUGCACAGGGACGGACGUGUCAUCUCUCUCUCUCACCAGGAACAGGAGCUGCAGGACUUCCUGCUCUCACAGAUGUCUCAACACCAGGUUCAUGCGGUUCAGCAGCUGGCUAAGGUGAUGGGCUGGCACGUCCUCAGCUUCAGUAACCACGUGGGCCUAGGCUCCGUGGAGAGCAUCGGAAACGCCUCCGCCAUCACAGUCGCGUCCUCCAACGGGGAAUAUGCCAUCUCAGUUCGUAAUGGUCCGGAGAGUGGCUGUAAAGUCCUGGUCCAGUUCCCACGCAGCCAGAGCAAGGAGCUGCCCAAGUCUGAUGUAAUCCAGGACGGGAAGUGGAACCACCUGCGAGGGCCCUAUAAGGAGGUCCACUGGAGCAAGAUGGAGGGACGCAACUUUGUCUACAAGAUGGAGCUGCUCAUGGCCGCCCUCACCCCCUGUCUUUAGAUCUAGCUACCACUAUUAGACACACUCUCUUUCUCUUGGAUUUUCACACAUUCCUACUUAAGUCAUGUGGAAAAACUUGUCAGAUCUUGAAAUUAUGUUUGUAGAUUUGCCUGAGCAUUUGACAUGCGUGUACCUGUGCAAACCUGUCUAUUUUACAUUCAUUUACAUUGAUAGAAACCUCAGACCUCUGUCAGCUGUGAAAAAUAAAUGUAUUUGUUUCCACAAUC